AGCAGAAAAGCAGUGAGUGAAGCAACAGGAAGUCAUCUGGCUAGCCGAAUCACCUUACAGCACAACCACAUGAUGGUUAGCUGUCUGCACUUUUGCUGAGGCCAUAAAGUGUAAAAAAUCAAGUUCCUGUUCAAUUUGGUAGAACCACAGAAAUAGCCACUCAUUUGCCCAGUUGGCAAAGUUGUCUUCAGUGAUUGUCACAGAGAAACCCAGUUCAGUGUCUUGGGGAUCAGCGCGUGAGUUUAGGGAUAUGGUGGACACACAGACGUUUUCCUGGCCCAUGGGAUUUGGCCUGAGCGUUUUGGACCUGGAGGGACUUGAUGAAAGCUCACACUCUCCGGACAUGAAGCCUUUGUCCACGAUCAGUGACUAUACCCCCCUCUCAGGCAUGGAGUACGCACCCAGCCUGGGCCAGAGCGAGACGACGCACAUGAUGGAUCUGACACACAUGUACAGCUACAGAGCUCACGAGAACAACUACAGACUGCAAGAGAACAGCUAUAGACCGCAGGAGAACAGCUAUCGGUCACAAGAGAACAACUAUAGACCACAGGAGAACAGUUAUCGAUCACAAGAGAACAGCUAUAGACCACAAGAGAACAGCUAUAGCACACAAGAGACCUGCUAUAGAGCACAAGGAAGCAGCUACAGAGCACAAGAAAGCGGUUAUAGAGCACAAGAAAGCGGUUAUAGAGCACAAGAAAGCAGCUAUAGAUCACAAGAAAGCAGCUACAGAUCACACGAUAUCAGCUAUAGACCACAAGAGAGCAGCUACAGAACUCAGGAAGAGAACUACAAAGUACAUGAAACCCAAAAUUCGAUUAAACUUGAGCCUGAGUCUCCACCACAAUACGCAGAAAACAGCCUGACGUUCACGAAACAGCAAGAAGAUCCGUCCACCUCGGUAUUAAACAUCGAGUGUCGAGUAUGCGGGGACAAAGCUUCAGGAUUCCACUACGGUGUUCAUGCCUGCGAGGGAUGCAAGGGGUUCUUCCGCCGUACAAUUCGCCUAAAGCUAGUCUACGAUCAUUGCGACCUGCACUGCCGCAUCCACAAGAAAAGUCGCAACAAGUGCCAGUACUGCCGCUUCCAGAAGUGCCUAAUGGUGGGAAUGUCACACAACGCCAUUCGCUUUGGCCGCAUGCCCCAGGCAGAGAAGGAGAAGCUCUUGGCUGAGGUUUCCUCCGAUCUGGAGCACAUGCACCCGGAGGCGGCUGACUUAAGGACCCUGGCCAAGCAUCUUUACGAGAGCUAUCUGAAGAACUUCCCCUUGACCAAAGCCAAGGCCAGGGCCAUCCUCUCAGGGAAAACCAAUGACAACGCUCCAUUCGUUAUCCAUGAUAUGAAGUCUCUGCUAGAGGGCGAGCAGUUCAUCAACUGUCGUCAGAUCCCACGGCAGGACCAUCACAGGCGUCUGAACAUGAGUUCAGUUCAGUCAGACCUGCAGCGUGAGGUGGAGCUGCGGUUCUUCCACAGCUGCCAAUCACGCUCGGCAGAGUCGGUCAGCGAGGUCACCGAGUUUGCCAAGAGUAUCCCGGGCUUCCUGAACCUCGACCUCAACGACCAGGUGACACUGCUCAAGUAUGCCGUCAUCGAGGUCAUCAUCAUCAUGAUGGCACCCCUCAUGAACAAGGAUGGCACGCUGAUCUCGUAUGGACAGAUCUUCAUGACGCGCGAGUUCCUCAAGAGCCUGCGCAAGCCGUUCAGUGAGAUGAUGGAGCCCAAGUUUGAGUUUUCUGUCAAGUUUAACAUGCUGGAGCUCGACGACAGCGACAUGGCUCUCUUCUUGGCCGUCAUUAUUCUCAGUGGAGAUCGUCCAGGCCUGCUGAAUGUGAAGCCCAUUGAGGAUCUACAGGAGAACGUUCUUCACUCAAUGGAGCUCCAUCUUAAAAUGAACCACCCGGACUCCCUCCAUCUCUUCGCCAAAGUCCUCCAGAAGAUGACUGACCUGAGGCAGAUCGUAUCCGACCACGUUCAGUUUAUUCAGUUGCUCAAAGAUUCUGAUCUCAACAUGUGUUUACAUCCACUGCUGCAGGAGAUCAUGAAGGACCUGUAUUAGUGUAUUAGCUGAACAUUUGUCAUUAUGCUUUGGUUUACUGCUUGAUUAUUUCACCCAAUCUGUGAACAGUUGAGGAAGAUGGAGAAAUAUGUGUUAGCAGUAUCAGCAUGGUAGACAGUGAAGGUCACUUUUUCAGUGAGUGAAAUUGUGCCAUAAUGGAAAAGCAAAUAAGUUCUAGUUUUAUUGGGUUAAAUAUGCACAGAAGUAUUUGGAGAAAAAAAAACUGCCUUUAAACCUGGAUCAGAAUAGUUUUUUGUUUUUUGUUUUUUUUGCCAAAGAGUGUGCGCCUUCAUUUAUAUUAUUUGCAAAGCGAGCUGGAGAGUUUGAAGAGUUAGCAAUAAAAAUGUGAUGUGUGUUAAAGCCAGAAUAAACCUAAAUGAUAUAACAUUUAAAAUUCUUUGCUGACACGAACAGCUAAGAGAAAUAUUAUCUGUGAACGUUUUUGUACAAUGUUCUCACUGGGGAAUUAUACUUGUGAAAGCUUUAAUUUUUUGAUCUAUAAUGCCUUUUGUAAAUACAAUAAACAGAUUUUUAAUGCCAGCCUCGGUGCAGGCCCUGUCAUGGCUGUUUUGCAUUGAAUGGUUGAUGAAAUGCUUGAAAUUGUAAAUAAAUAUUUUCAAAUAAUA